AUGACAACCAUUUCACAGUCUAAACCUAGUGUUACACCUCCAACCAAGCCUCAACUAGCCCUAGCUCUGGCUGUUGUCAAGCGAAAACCACCAGGCCAAAGCGUGAAAGAAUACAUUUUGCAGAUUCGACAGUUCAUUCAAAAGACCGAAGAUUUGGGCCAAGUCGUUGUGACGGACAAGUUCUUCGACAGCGUUUCCUUCUGGCAACAAGCAUAUGAACGGUCCGAGGCAGCACAGAGCAAGCUACAAGACCAAGUCCAUGAGCUUAAGCAGCGUAUUGAGGGCCUUCUUGCCAAACUGCGUGUCAAAGGCACUACAAAUGACAAUAGGACCUUGCCGGCAAACAAACGCAAAGCGCCUGUUGGAAAGAAAGCGAAUAGUUCAAACAUGGCUAGGAAACGCAUAAAGCUACCAAAGAGUAUGGAGAAAAGGAUCCCAUUGAUGGAUGACGAUGAUUCAGGAGAAGAAGACGAUGUCUUAUGCCUCAGCAGGCAUCUGCAUACCGUCCAAAAGGCCCUGCAAAGAAAGGCAAACACCAGCUCUGAGGCCAAUUCUCUGGCUGUCGAUGCAGUCAUCCUCUGCAAAUCUGCAGAGCAAAAGCUGAUCCAGACUAUCCAGAACGAGAGCAAAACGACGGAGCAGAAACCUUCCCAAACCGAGCAGCCCAAUAUGCCGGAUACGGAUGCUGUUAUGAAUGGUGUGACAGUUGCUUUCCACCUCACGCACAAAGCGUUGCACAAAAUGGCCGGGGCCGAGAAUGCUACGCAGUACCAAGGUCAAGUCGUAUACUACCUUGUAGGUCUGUUCGAAUCAACUAUGACAGCACUCACUCUGCAUUGCACUGCAAUUUCCAAGCAAGAGCCAGCCAGCAAAAACACCGAAUCCAAUGGAGGCCCGAAGUCUGCCACACGACUUGUUGAACAAAACAAGCGCACAAAAGAGAACAGAUCACCUACCCAGAAUGAAAUAGCUUCUCGCCUCGCAGACUUGCUCUGCACGAUGGCACUCUCCCUCAAUCUAACUCGAACCGAAGACCAAAAAGUAAUGGAAGGGUUCCUCUUCCUUGUCCUCAAUCGCAUGGGCAAAAUGCUAGCUCUCCACGUUUUCCAUGACCUGCGACUGCCAAUGGGCAUCUGCCCCGGGAUGACAUUUCCAGACGGACUCGAAGCAAUGACUGACGAGGGUCUUAUGCCAAAUGAGGCACAGCUGGAAGCCAAGUACCUCGUUCGGCUUCUGGACAGAAUGCUCAAUGCCGGAUCUCUUCAAUCACCUCCCGAGGAAUCGGCUACUCGUCAAUUUGUCACAAAUGCCAAAGAUCGGUUGCAAAGGACUCUCCUCCGGGCUGUAUUUGGGCCUGGUGAUCGUCUGUUUCGAGAGGGUCUGCGGCGUCCGCAUACUCCGCCUCCUCAGGUGCUUGAUAACCAACAGAUCGACCAGAGGAAGUUUUCGGAUUGGCUUACACAGGAGCUGUGGCGGCUUGUGGGUUGGGAUGUGCUGAGGACAUUGCUUGCUCCAACCUGA